UUGUUUUUGCCCCUCGAGGAAAGCCACAUGGGGAUGAGCUCUGCUGGAGACGAACAACGCACUGCUGCGAGCGGAGAACAGAUCCGCCCGCCGGUGCAGGAGGGCAGCGAUGCGGAGCUUGCAAGUUUGCAACUGCAGGUUUCGCGAUUGGCGGCCCUGGUGGGGGAGUUGAUAAAGAGGGAGCCUGGCAGCGUCGUGGCGGAUGCAGUCAGUAGUGGCGGCUGGGUUGCCGCCAUCGAAGGCCAAAAAGAAGAGCCCAUGCAGCCGCUCGGCGGUGGCGGGGGAUUUCUUCAGCAGCAAGCGAGAGAUGGUGGGCAAGGACCACGGCAGCUGCUGGAAGGCGGCGGGGCCAGCAGAUCGGGAGCGAACCCUGUUGGACCAGCCGGAGUGGGCCCGGGCAUAGGACCGGACUACGGGGGAGCGAGGGGGUUAANGCUGCUGGAAGGCGGCUGGGCCAGCAGAUCGGGAGCGAACCCUGUUGGACCAGCCGGAGUGGGCCCGGGCAUAGGACCGGACUACGGGGGAGCGAGGGGGUUAAACCCACCAGACUCUUGGAAAAAGUCGCGUAUCAAAGCGGCAAAGACUGUUGGACUGGACGGCCAAUUGAUCAGCAACAACGAGAGACAUGCACCUGUCGGCAACCCAAACGUGCCAAGCUCGGAGCUGUACCGCCUCCAAUACACCAGCGACGAGGCUGGUGGCGGCGGCGGAGGCGGCGACGACAAUGCGGGUAGCAUGCGCGGUCGCCGUUUCCGGUGCGGCAAGAAGGGCCAUCAGGUGGCCGACUGCAACGAGAGCAAGCCCGUGCGAUGUGAGACAUGCAAGGGCUACGGCCACGACAAGAGCAAGUGCCCGACCGAAGAGGCGGUGCUCGUGGUGGAAGUGCCGGCGGGGAGGGCGUCUGCGGACGCCACAGCACUGGACGUGGCAGAAGAAGCGCUGGUGGUCGGUGACAUCUCAGGCGAGUGUCACAAAGUCGUUGGUCGAGGGGGUGUAGAGCAGGCUAGGCGGGGUAGAAACCUUCCCUNCUGCAAGAACAAGUCCCCGACCGAGGAGGCGAUGCUCGUGGUGGAAGUGCCGGUGGGGGGGGCGUCUGCGGACGCCACAGCACUGGACGUGGCAGAAGAAGCGCUGGUGGUCGGUGACAUCUCAGGCGAGUGUCACAAAGUCGUUGGUCGAGGGGGUGUAGAGCAGGCUAGGCGGGGUAGGUAUGUUGCCGAUACCGGCGCUACCACCCACAUGUUGGCGAACUCAGAUGGGUUCGUUCGUUACGAAGAGUGUGAUCGACGUGUGCGCGUCGCCGCCGGAGAAACCUUCCCUACUGUAGGGUACGGCGACGUAUCGGUCACCCUUAGCUCGCGCGACGGAACAACAGACCUGAUCUUGAAACGGGUUGCACACACUCCUCGAUUAGACUACAACCUAAUCUCUCUGACGUCCCUAUUCGACGACGGGUUCAAAACCAAAACCCUAGACAAACACGAGUUGGAGUUGGAGAAAGAGGAGGGGAAGUCGGUGUACUUCCCCCGAUGCGGGGACGACGAGCUCCGGGAGUGCCUGGGGUGCUCGACGGCGAAGGGACUUUCCAAGCCCAUCCCCAACAAGACGUCGACCCGAGCAUCGCUGCCUCCCAUCGCAGAGGAGGAAGAGGAAUUCGCGACUGAGGAGGACGAGGUUGGGGAGGGCGCGUCGAGCCAAGGUGGAGGGGGGACAAAGGGAGAAUCUGUGGAUGGAGGACCAGCUUUCAACCUUGGCACGACGGCAGCCACGGGGCCCGCGGGGCCGCCCGCGCGCGUAGCGCCGGCGGGGCCGCCGGCCACGCCCCAGGAGUCGGGCGCGGGCGACGCUGGCGAUAGCGCCCCCUCGAGCAGGGAGGGCGCGAGCAUCGCCCCAUCUACCACGUCGGCCGGCAUGGCCGAUGUUGCCGGCGGCGAGGACGACCGCCACAGCAGCAGCAGCCGUGGUAGCGGCGGCAGCGGCAGCGACAGCGGUAGCGACAGCGGCAGCGACAGCGGCAGCAAUAGCGGCAGCAACAGCGGCAGCAGCUGCUGCAGCGGCAGCGACAGCGACAGCGACAGCGACAGCUACAGCGACAGCGAGACGGAUCUCCCGGCGCUCCGCGGGCCAGAGGCUCGACGGCUCGCCCGCUUCGACAAGCCGGCGGACCUCACCAACCGCCGCACCAGAGAGAACCCUCGCCGAAAUCCGAGGUACGAGUCGCCCCCGUCGCCGACAAGUGCCGAAGUCAGCGGCACGAAGGAAUUCACCAGCUGGAUGCUUUCGGCGGUACUUUACGUCGCGGAAGGGCUAGAGGCAAGGGCGGUGCGAGAGUUACUGUUCGAGCGCGCGGAGGAGGCCCACGCUGCGCGCCAGGAGGCGGAGGACUUCCUGCUGGGUACGGUGGACCUCAUGCUCAACUCGCCAGACGCCUUCGAGACGGCUCUGGCGUCCCACGAGCUAAGUCAACCCCCCCAUUGGCAAGCGUGGGAACAGGCCAUGAGGGAAGAGUUUGAAGGGCACUUGUGCACGGGGACGUGUUCAUUCGUAGACGGCGCGCCAGAGGGGUGCAGGCCUAUGAGCUCAAAGUGGUGUUUUAGUUGGAAGACCAUCAAGGAAGGGAAGAUAGACACGUUCAAAGCGCGUCUGGUUGUUAGGGGGUUUUCGCAAAUCCCGAACGUCGAUUAUUUACAUUCGUCUUCCCCUUGCCCAUCAUCCGCAUCCAUUAAAUUGAUGCUUGCGGUAGCAAACGAGAAGGGCAUGAACCUCAAUCACUGGGAUGUGAAGCAGGCGUACACACACGCCACGCUAGACGAGGAGGUUUUUCUGAGGCUCCCCGCUGGGUGCAGGGAAAAAUCGCAGAAGAUUGUUAAGGCUGAGCGUGCGAUUUACGGUCUGAAGCAGAGCGGUAGGCAGUGGGGGUACCACGCUGCUGAUUCGCUAGUCGAGAACGGGUUCGAGCAGUGCAAGGCGGACCGUUGUGUUUUCCGCAAAAUGGUAGACGAAGUCGUGGUGAUGAUUAUCGCGAUCUACGUGGAUGACAGUUUGGUGGCUGGGUCUGACGAGGAUUGCGAGGAGUUGCUUGCUUCUCUCAACAAGAAAUUUCCAACCAAAAAUCUGGGAGAAUGCGAAUGGUUUGACGGCUUCCACGUCCUUGAGGACAACGAGGGGGGCAUAGCGCCGGUGCAGAACCCUCACAGCUCAGGUCGCACGAAACACAUCGACGUGAAAUUUCAUUUCAUCCGCGGAUUGUUUAGGUCGGGGGAUAUUUCGGUCAAGUUCGUUCCGACAACGGAGCAACACGCGGACCUCCUAACCAAGGCCCUUAGCAUGGCUAGUCUGCAGUACCACCGGCGCAGGUUGAUGAAUUUGCCGGAGUAGCUCUAGCAGUUUCUAGCACUUGGGAGAGGCCAUGUUUUCCAUGCGGGGAAAGGCGCAUAACUGUUGCGGUCUGUGUACCAAUGGCAGGAGUAGGGGGCGUUGGGAGACCAUCGUCCGGGGGAACGUAGUUCCUCGCGUUUUUGUCUUCGCGUUGGCAUUUCUAAUAAGUGCGGCCGUUGUGGUCCGCUGUGAUAGCAACGGUUUUUGUGGUGGUGGGUUUUUUUCGAGGGGUAUUGCCCGGACGC